CGGGCGGAGCUGCCGCUCAGAGGCCGCGGCGGCGGGGCUAUUUAAAAGGCGCCGCACGCCGGCGCUCGGUGCGUUCUCUCGUGCGUGAGGACGGGCAAGAGUGAGGCGCAGCGAGUGACAUCGGUAGCCAUCGCCUGUACCAGAUCCACCACGAUGCCUGGGUCUCUUCCGGUGAACGCUGAAUACUGUUGGCCCAAAGAUGUGGGAAUUGUUGCACUGGAGAUAUAUUUCCCCUCUCAGUACGUUGACCAGACAGAGCUUGAGAAGUAUGAUGGUGUGGAUGCUGGGAAGUACACCAUUGGGCUGGGCCAGUCAAGAAUGGGGUUCUGCUCCGACCGGGAGGAUAUCAAUUCUCUCUGUCUGACUGUGGUUCAGAAGCUGAUGGAGAGGAACAGCCUUUCCUAUGAUUGUAUUGGGAGAUUGGAGGUUGGAACAGAGACGAUAAUUGAUAAAUCAAAAUCUGUAAAGACUGUCCUGAUGCAGCUCUUUGAAGAAUCUGGUAACACAGAUGUAGAAGGCAUUGACACCACCAAUGCGUGCUAUGGAGGCACUGCUGCUCUUUUUAAUGCCAUUAAUUGGAUCGAGUCCAGUUCUUGGGAUGGACGCUAUGCACUUGUUGUUGCUGGAGACAUAGCUGUGUACGCCACUGGAAAUGCCAGGCCAACAGGUGGAGCUGGUGCUGUUGCUAUGCUGGUUGGUCCAAAUGCUCCCUUAAUUUUUGAGAGAGGGUUGCGUGGAACCCACAUGCAACAUGCAUAUGACUUCUAUAAGCCAGAUAUGGUCUCUGAAUAUCCUGUAGUUGAUGGCAAACUCUCUAUACAGUGCUACCUCAGUGCAUUAGAUCGCUGCUAUACUGUUUAUCGCAACAAAAUCCACGCUCAGUGGCAAAAAGAGGGGAUAGGCAGACGUUUCACCUUGAAUGACUUUGGAUUCAUGAUCUUUCAUUCUCCCUACUGUAAACUGGUCCAGAAAUCUGUGGCUAGACUCUUGCUGAAUGAUUUUCUCAGUGACCAGAACCCAGAAACAGCAGAUGGUAUUUUCAGUGGGUUGGAGGCUUUCAGGGAUAUAAAACUUGAGGAUACGUAUUUUGACAGAGAUGUGGAAAAAGCUUUCAUGAAAGCCAGUGCAGAGCUCUUCAAUCAGAAAACCAAAGCUUCAUUGCUUGUGUCCAAUCAGAAUGGAAAUAUGUACACCCCUUCAGUCUAUGGUUGCCUUGCCUCUCUUCUAGCCCAGUACUCCCCAGAGCAGCUUGCAGGACAGAGAAUCAGUGUGUUUUCAUAUGGCUCUGGGUUUGCUGCUACGCUGUAUUCCAUCAGAGUUACGCAGGAUGCCACUCCUGGUUCUGCACUGGACAAAAUUACUGCCAGUCUGUCUGAUCUCAAAACAAGGCUUGACUCAAGAAAAUGUAUUGCACCGGAUGUCUUUGCUGAAAAUAUGAAGAUUAGACAGGAAACACAUCAUUUGGCCAACUAUAUUCCACAGUGCUCAGUGGAAGAUCUCUUUGAGGGAACUUGGUACCUUGUGCGUGUGGAUGAAAAGCACAGGAGAACAUAUGCACGGCGCCCGCUCAUGGGUGAUGGACCGCUGGAGGCAGGCGUUGAAGUUGUCCACCCAGGCGUUGUUCAUGAGCACAUCCCAAGCCCUGCUAAGAAAGUGCCAAGAAUCCCUGCAACAACAGAAUCUGAAGGCGUUACUGUUGCCAUUUCCAAUGGGGAGCAUUAAGAUACCUCUGUGAGG